CAAUAUUAACGCUUGGUGUCGCGCGCUCGCCUCAGUGCGCGUGAGUCUUCACCGCUGUCAACAUCACAUUACACUAUCAGUAUGCUGCGCGCGCUGUGCGUGUACGCGCUGCUCGCGGCAACUCUCGCGCAUGACGGAAGUGACAAUGGAGACGAUAGUUCGGACCCGGUGACAGUGACUCCGGCAGGUACCAUCCGCGGCUCGUGGAUGAGCACGCGGCGCGGGCGCCGCUUCCAGGCGUACCGCGGCGUGCGCUACGCUCACCCGCCCACCGGGGAACUACGCUUCCAGCCGCCCAAGCCUAUCCUGCAGUACGACGGGGCGGUAGACGCGAGCGAGGAGGGCCCCGCCUGCCCGCAGCCGGUGGCCACGGAGGGGUUCGUAGUCGACGAGGACUGCUUGCGACUCAACGUCUACACGCCGCGGACGAAUGGGUCGUUGCCAGUGGUGGUGUAUCUCCACGCGGGCGGGUUCUACUCCGGGUCGGGUCGCAGCGACCUCGCCGGCCCGCACUACCUGCUCGAGAGGGACCUCGUGCUCGUCGCCAUCAACUACCGGCUCGCCACUCUCGGCUUUUUAGCGACAGGCGACGAGUUUUCUCCGGGCAACAAUGGGUUCAAGGACCAGGUGGCGGCGCUGCGCUGGGUGCGGCGCAAUAUCGCGGCGCUGGGGGGCGACCCCGGCCGCGUCACCGUCGCCGGCUACAGCGCCGGCUCGCUCAGCAUCGGACUGCUCAUGCUCUCGCCAAUGGCGAAAGGUUUGUUCCACGGAGCCAUCGCCAUGAGCGCGUCGCCCAUCUCGCAGGUGGUGGUGGGCAGCGAGCAGCGCUACCUGGGGGAGAGACAGGCGCGGUUGCUGGGCUGCCCCACCAACACCACCCGCGAUAUGGUCUCCUGCCUCAAGACCAAACCCUGGAAAGAGUUCGGCGAUUCCCUGGACUCUAUGUUUGAGUUCGGGUAUGACCCGGUGUUGAUGUGGAACGUGGUGGUGGAGCCUGACUACGGCCAGGAGCGGUUCCUGACGGAGCCGCCGCUGGACGCGCUGCGGGCCGGCCGACUGUACGCAGUGCCCUACGUCGUCAGUCAGACUACUGAUGAGUUCUUCUGGAAGGCAUUCAAUGUGUUGAACAACGAGACACUGUAUUCGGAGAUGAGCACGGAGUGGGAGCGGGUGGCGCCGAUUUCGUUCAUGUUGCCGGAGGGGGGGCAGGACGAGCAAGGGGCGGGGGGGCCCGUGCCGGCGACAACUGCGGCGCAGCGCCUGCGCGACGCAUACUUCGACGCGCCCUUCGCCAACGACUCCAGCACGGCGGACGCGCUCGGCAAGCUAUACUCUGACGGCAUCAUCGGCUUCGGUGUACACAGGAUGGCCAACCUGAUGUGUCGUCACUCGCCCCAGCCCGUGUUCUACUACCAGUUCGCGUACGUCGGCAACCACAGCCACUACCAGGACCCCACCACAGGGAAACCUACAGGCACGGCGCACCACGACGACCUCAUCUACCUGUUCACUUUGCCCGCCGUGUUCCCGCGCAUCGAGCUGGGCACGCCGGAUGACGUCAUAGUGCAGCGCAUGACCACCUUCUGGUACAACUUCAUCACACACGGGGAUCCAGUCAGCGGCAGCACGGCCGACGGCGCAUGCGCGGUGUGGCCGGCCAUGACGCCGCGCCGGCCGCGCUACCUGCGCGUGGCGCGCGACUGCUCGCUGCACCAACACAUGUUCCGGGAGCGGUACCAAGUGUGGGACGACCUUUAUCCCAUACAGUACGACUAGCCGUAUCACAUACACUUGUAUAAGAGUAUUUAGUUGUAUUGUAUGUAACCCGCCAAGUACGGGGCAAAUCUACCGGGUAUAAGUUAUUUCUUUGAAAGAUGUAUCUACAGAGCAAUAAGGCCACCCGUUUUACUUAUUUUGUUAUUUAAUGUAAAUAAUUAUAAGUUUUCAAUUUCAGUGCAAUAAAGUAUCUAUGGGUCUGGGAUUUGAUUUA